UCCAGUGUCAACUCAAGAAGCAGGAUCCAAUAACCAAAAUACAUUACUACUUAAAUCAAGAACUAAUAAUCGAAUUCAAAAAGAAAUUAUUUUUUCAAAUAGAACAGCACCUUCAAGACUAGUAACAAUGCUUAAUUCAAGAGAAAAUAGUUUGAUUUUUUAUAAUUCAACAUCAGAGCUAGAACCAAGAAAUGAAUUUAAUACAUCAAAUGGAAGUUCGAGAACAAAACCAGUAAUAGUUUUAGAUUCAAGAACCAAUAAUCAAUUUAACUAUAAUUUAUUAAAUAGAACUUGGAAUUCAAAACAGAUACUUUUAGGGUCAGGUGAUAAUACAAUGAACAUUCAGAUAAAUAAUACUUGUAAUAUGAUAAAUACUUCAAUCUUUCAUUCUGAUACAAUUAAUGAAGUUAUUCCUUUACUUUUUGAUAAAAUAUCGAUUUAUCAGCUCU